UGAAUAUUUGAUUUACAGAAAAUGGAACGUAAAUGUCACAAUCUACCUGCAGUGCGUAGUGUGUGUACGUGAGAAAAAUUAAAGAAAAAUGUUAAUAGGUCCAAAAAUAGAGAUAAAUAGAAAUGAACAACGAAACUGAACAAAUAUUUCUGCUUACCCCGACUGAAACCCAGUCUUCUACAGCAGCUCAGAAGUUAGAGCAGGCCUCAGUUCCACCGCAAGAUGUGGAAGACUUCUCCACAGUUUGCCGCACCUGUGCCACAGUCACGGAGUUCGUUAUCCCCAUAUUCGCCGGGGAGGGCGUCCAGAACAAUUUGGCUGAUAAAAUACACAAGCAUUUGCCUAUUCAGGUAUCGGAGACGGAUGUCCUCCCGCGAGUGGUGUGCUACCAAUGUGCCAACACUCUCUUGGCGUGGCACGAGCUAGUGCAGUGCUGCGUACAGGCCGAUGAGGCCCUUCGCACGCGGUUGGCAGUCGCCGCUGCCAAAGCAGACAGCAUUAGGCCUGUUGAAACUAUUACGGAAUCCAAAUCUAGCCUUAAAGAUAUUGAAGAAAGUUCAGAACAAGAACAAAACAAGUCAUCAUCAAAUUUUUGUACCAUAUUAAAAGAUGUAUUACUCAGUCACUACUCAAUAAUUACUGAAGAUAACCUGGACACCCAGAUUGUUUGCCUAAAAUGCACAAACUGCCCAUCCUCAAGCAAUAUAGAGCAGCUGGCGUAUCAUCUCGAAUCUACCCACCAGUCUGAAAUAUCCAACUAUGCAAACGUUAAAAAGUUUAUUGCUAACUACAUAACACUUGAAGAAACAUUGAUAUGUGAAAAUUCUGACAGAGAUGUAGAAUCCGAUUCUAAUGAUAAAUGUGAAGUCUUACCAAAUCUCUAUUGUCCAUUCUGUCAAAGCAUAUUUUCCACCAUGGCGCGACUGUUGAACCAUCUGAACACGCACAUCGAGUUGACGAUAGAAGACGGGGUGAUCUGCUGUGACAACUUUUACGAGUCCAAGAAAACGUUCGUGAAACAUCUGCAAGACUGCCACGUGACGCGGACCGUCGACGAAACCAAACACACCUGCCGAACCUGCGGCUUCCAAACCGAAACGAUACAAGCUCUUCAAGACCACAUCUCACAAGCUCAUUACGAAGAGAGAGAAAAGCCGAAGAAACCUGAAAGAGCGAGUGAGAAAAAAGAUCGAAACCAGAAGUUCAUCCCGGCCGUGUGCUCGGAGUGCAACAAAGUGUUCUCCAACAAGUACAACAUGUUCAACCACAUGCGCAGCCACGGCGACGUCACCGUCAAGUACGCCUGCGGCCAGUGCCACAAGAUCUACAGCAGCCCGAGCAACUUGAACAACCACAGAAAAGUAGCUCAUGCGGGCAUUUUAAACUUUGUUUGCACGACUUGCGGGGAGGCCUUCCACUCCCGCGUGGCCCGAGACGUGCACUCGCGCAUCCACACCGGGGAGAAGCCCUACCCGUGCGAUCGAUGCUCCAAGUCCUUCCGAUCGAAGAACUCCCUCGACCGACACAUAGAAAUGCAUUUAGACAUAAGAAAAUAUGAGUGCCACCUCUGUCCCAAGAAGUUCAGAAAGAGGACGCACCUCAACUACCACGUAGGCACGCACAAGAAGCACGCGAAGUAACCGGGUUAUUUGUUGCAGGUGGCACUCCCGGAUUAAGGUCGAAACGGGACGUAACGAGCGCGACGGGUCGUACGAUGACCCCCGGAGCGAUAGCCCCGGCGACGGGAGCGACAGAUCCGACAACGAGGACGACGAACCCCUGUCCAGUAUAGCCAGCAAAAAAGCGGCAGACGUCUACAAGAACUUUUACGACGCGCUCGUAGAUUUCAGGAACCACUUCGUCGGCGUUCACUCGUCGCACAGAACGAAACACCCCGAACUCGCGGCGUCGAGCGAUUCCGAGAUCGCGAGCGACGACGAAAAUAAAACCGACGACCGCAACGUAGACAACUACGACGACCUCACCGACUGCAACAUGAGGAAGGACAGAAUGGACGAGAAGACGCGGCUGGAGCUCAGCCGGGUGCGCACCAGGAUCGACGGGAAGGCGUACUACACGUGCCAGCUGUGC